AACCGCCGGGAAACGCGGCCUCUGUUGGAUGCAAAUCCUCGAGGAGAUUCCAUCCUCACUGGCAAGUCUACUCUGUCUCACCAGCACCGGCGAAGGCGAGAGCGUCUCCGCCGGCCGCUGCUCGAUAAUCCGUCGUCGCCGCCGCCACCUUCGCUGGCCGGUCGACAUCAUCGAGCUACUUUGUCGUAUUUAUUCCGUCGAAGUGACAUGUCGAGAAGAAAACAGGCUAAACCACGCGCUCUCAAAAGGGAUGAUGUGGAAGAUUUCACAGAAGAGAGCGCCGAAGAUACUAUCCUCUGCGGCAGGAAUAACACGAAAGAAAAUGAUCCCAUAGAUGCAGAUGGUCUUAUAUUCUUUCGUACAUUUCGUGAAUACUGAGCUGCAACCGUGACUUUCCCUGUAUCCAAUCAAUUAAUAACAACAGGAAAUAAAUUUAUUUACUUUCUUAAUUAGGAACUGUGCAGGAUUAUAACUUUUACGGAAAAUUUCAAGUCUCAUUUCUGUUUUUUAUCUUUUAGAAUUCUCGAGAAAAAUUCGCAAACCCUCGUGAAUUAAAAAGAAAUUAUUUCUUCUUGUCUCAACAAAUUAUAAUUUCUUAAACCUGAUUGCGCUAGUGCAAUACGAUCUUUAGAUAGUACCGGGAGAAUAUUGAACGUCUUGGAAAAAAAUCAGAGAUUAUGAUGUAUUUCAUGUAAGAAAUUUUCAA